CAGCAGCCUUUUGCGCCUUCGUGUCCCUCCCCUCCACUCCCUCACCGGGGGCUGGGCUGGUGGGGAGUGGGGACUGGGGGCAGUCGCCACGCCGCAGUCCAUUCUUUCGUCACCCAUCGCAGCUCCAACACCUCUCGCUAGUCGUCAUGGCGGCUUCCGCGGCAGCGUUCCCCCUCCCACCGCCGACGCCUCCUCUUCGUGAGUCUCUUCGCCCCAACCCCGUUUUCCUGGCUCCUGCAACUGGAUCUCUCCUCCAACACGUAUCCCACUGUUCAGCUCCCGGGCCUCUUAUCAGUUGAUUUAGGGCUGAUUCCACUCAGUUGCAGUGAUUGCUGACUUGCUGUGGUUACCAGAACGUCCCCAAUAGUUCGUAAACGUGCGCUCCUUGUUUGCAUGACGGAUUAGUUUUGCUUGACAGCAGAUCUCUGUUCAUGCCUGCAUCCGCACUUCCACUCUAGUUUGGGUGAGCCCGCUUUGUUUUGGGUGAUAACAUUUCCACACCAAUCCGCUACAAUUGGUUGUUUCUCACACUGCUAAAGCUGAAUCCAUUCCACUUCCGCAUCCCGUGUAUUUGCUUGAGUUUCUUCAAGUUAGAUUACGUCAUUUUGGGAAAAGAAUUAACUAUUUGCCACUCUGUUUGGAGGUGGGUGGAAAAUCCUUUGCCAUGACUCAUGGGUCAGUGACACAUGAUUAAGGGGUUUUGGACUUUCACAUGUCUUUUGAUAUCACAGAAAAGGAUUGCCCCUGCCUUCACUGCUGUGAAUGCCAGGGACGUUUCUGUCGCCCUACAAUAUAUGGACAUUGGACUUGAUAGUUGGCAAACUUUCUUCUAUAUACUGGACGUUCCAGCUUUCGCCAACCUGCUGCUUUAACCACAUCUUUUCCUUCUUUCCCGAUUUUGCCUCUCACUAUCAUCAAUUACCGCUAAAAGUGAAACAAGUGUUCUCCCUAUGGCCAAGACAUCACUUCCUCCUGGAUUCCGGUUUCAUCCAACUGAUGUAGAACUCACAGUCUACUAUUUAAAGAGGAAACUACUGGGAAAACACUUACGCUGCAAUGCUAUCACUGAGAUUGAUCUAUACAAGUUCGCCCCUUGGGAUCUUCCAGAGAGAGCUUCCUUGGAGAGUAACGAUCUAGUGUGGUAUUUCUUUUGCCCGCGCGAUAGGAAAUAUUCUAGUGGGUUAAGGACUAAUCGCUCAACUGGAGUUGGAUAUUGGAAAGCUACCGGGAAGGACAGGCCGGUGGUAUAUAAUUCUAGGACUGUUGGGAUGAAGAGAACUUUAGUGUUUCAUCUUGGCAAGCCACCACGAGGUGAUAGAACUGACUGGGUAAUGUAUGAAUAUAGGCUGGAGGACGAGGAAAUAGCUGCUUCUGGUGUUAAACUGGAUGCCUGCGUUCUAUGCAAAAUCUUUCAGAAAAGUGGCCCAGGGCCCAAGAUUGGCGCACAGUAUGGUGCCCCAUUCAAUGAAGAAGACUGGAACGAUGCCAGUAAUGUAGAGUGUUCUCCAUGUGUGCCUUCUGUGGCCCCUUGCGCACCUGAAUCAAGUCGUGGUGGGUUGAAUUCUGCUGGUCAACGCCUGGCUGUGAGUUAUGAUGUCAAGGUUUCCUUGGGCUCCUCGGCAGAAGGUAUCAACAGACCUGCUGUCAAUGGAGUUCAUCCUGUCAGACCUUCUCCUGAUGCUCCUAAUGACUGCAUACACAUUCAAUUGCUGGCUGAGGUUAUGAGAUGUUCCUCAACCUCAAUGCAUGUUUUACGUACUGCUGGUGACGAUGGUUUGCUGGCUGAUUCAACUGCUGACUACAGUAGUGAUAAUAGAAUAUCUUUGGAUGCUAUUGAAACUAUAUUCUGUGAAGUGGAUGAGCUUGGGCCCCAGGCUAUGGUGAACAAUACUAACCAUUGUGACUCAUGCGGUGAGUAUUUGAUUCACCCUACGAUGGUGGCACGAGGAGCUGAACAGUACUUAGAGCUAAAUGACCUGUCCUUUUCGCUCACCGAUGGUCCUGAUUCCUGUGGCGUGCUUUUCUCUAAUGGUGUAUCUGUUGAGCAACUACCGGAUCUUGAGCUCAGGUUUGAGCAGUUCUCUCCUGACCACAUCUCCAAUACCGCUAUUGCUUCCACAUCAACAACGGUUGGUUCAUCUGCUUCAGUGCCCUUAUUGGAGGAUCACAGGACCUGAUUCAGAAUUGGAGUCAUCUGGCGCACAUGUUAAUUGAAUCUAGGAGGAUCUGCAGGACAAAGGCAUAAUGCUCCCUUUUUUUCAAUUUUCAUGAAGUUAGAAUUUUUUUUUGGAUGAAGGCACGGAUUAGUGACCACUUGGCACAG